AUGGUUACCAACUCUCUCCCUCCGUAUAUUAUUGCUUCGGAAUCUAAUACAGUGGUGCCGUUUUCGGCAACAAGUCCUAGCGUCAGAGAUAAUUUCACCCAAAUCUCGGGACGUGCAAGUGGUUUUCAAGACGAGGGAACUCAAUUGGCGUCUUCAUUUCAGCAACUCCAGGCCACAGAGGAAAGGGCUUUGGGUACUUUCACAGAAGUUUUGACUAAGCACCUCGGUCGGUACGCGAGGCAGCAAAUGAGUCGUGGUAUUGUUCCUACGGAUGAAAUGUUCCAGUAUCAAGCGAGGCGCCUUCUUUAUGACUCUGAGGAUUCAUGGAGCCAAACCAUAGCAGACAAUUCGGACUGGAUAGUUUCUUUUAGGGAGGAGCAUAGCCCUCAGUAUGAAAGCUCGAAAAGUCCUGGAACUGCAAAUUUUGGAGACCUGACAGGCAUUUCGCAUCCCGAGAUAUGA